UCGCUGGAUCGGACUUGCGCGAUCGGCUCGCUGUGUUUUUUGUUUUCAUUUCGGUUUUCGGUUUUGUUUCGCGCGCGUUGUUUUGUUAUUGUUAUUUGUUAUAUUGUGUUUUGCUGCUGGCACGCAUUGCAAACUGCGUAAGACCACGGCAACAACGGCAUCAGGAACAGAAAGAAAUCUUUGCAAGUUGCGUGUCGUCACACAUCGGCGCAGCGGAGCGCAGACGCAACAGCGCAGCCGCAGAGCAACAAAAGCAACGAAUCAAAUGGAGUUCGAGUUCGACAAAACAAGGAAUUAAUUGGAAUCUCGUUUAUCCAAGCUGAGCGUUCUCAAAUUUUGAAAACAGGAGAAUACAUUGUUCUUAAGGUAUCCUAGUUAGAAAAUUGCGGCAAAGUUGUCCCCCCAACUGUCAUUGUCUUUGGCAUUGGGUAACAUUUUAAUUGAAAAAGUUUUGCCAGCAGCCAGUUUGCACACACACACACAGACCCACAUUCGCAGGGAGAUGACUGUGAAAUUGGCCAAGCUGUUUGGCGGCAUGACAGCGGGCAGUGGCACUGGCUCCAUGGGGGAUUCCCUGGAUAACGUUGGCAGUCACCAGCAGCAGCAGCAACAACACCUGCAACAACAGCAACAUGUCUCGCAGCAGCAGCAGCAGCAACCACCGCCUCUGCCACCGCCGAAUGCGAAUAUGAAGACCCUCAAGUACUACGAACACCUGCAGGACACCUACGACUGCCACGAUCUGAUGCUGGAUCCUGAUCAGGAUCACGAUGACUACGAGGACAACAUGUCGCUCAGCUCGGCCUGCAUGCAGCGCAAUCAUCCCUACAACAAUUCACAGAGACCGCUGCUGGGCGACCGGCGUCCGCAGCUCACGGUGAUGAGUGUGGGCAAGAAGUCCGGCAAGUCCGGCGGAACAGCCAAUAUCCACCAUCAUCAUCAGCAGUCCCUGCCGUUGCCGCCACUGCCGCCGGCAAGGAGCUACAUCUCGCCUUAUGUGCAGCAGCAGAAGCGGGACAGUGCCAAGGGAUUACACGGCUUCAAUGAUUUCGAUGCCCUGUCCCAGCAAUAUAACCAGCACCUGCAGAGUCCUCACAUUGGCUAUCCCUAUGGCAGUCCACCGUCGCCGACAGCCCAGUCGCGGGACUUUUGCUUCGACCGACAGAUGACAGCGGCUUUGGGUCAGGGCACUGGCCAGGGAAUCAUCUCGAGCAGCAGUUCGAGCAAUUGCAGCAGCUCUCACACCACUUCCACGUCGUCGCCCACCAGAUAUUAUCCAGACUCGCGUUUCGAGGACGACUUUUGUAUGCGUCGUCCUGCAGGCAACUCUCCGCCGCCAUCGUCGUCUCUGCCACCUCAGCCAUGUGGUGCCGGUAGUGGUGGUCCCUUUAUCUUCGGCAUUGCACCGGAGCAACAGGCCACAGACUACGGAUGCAAUCCGUUGCCACCAACGCCCCCGCAGCAGCAAAAGCACCAAACCGUGAUAAGCCGGAGUCCUUUGCAACAAUCCCUGAGCGACACAAGUGCAGCCAGCAGCGGCAAGGGCUCCAAGUUCUUGUUGCGUAAACGUAAAUCAAAGAAGACAACCGCAACAGCAGCAGCAAUAACAGCAGCUGAAGUGACAACAAAAGCCAAAAAGAAUGGCAAAAAGACUGGCAGCACACCCUCACAGCCCUCGAUCAAGUGCGUCCUUGUGGGCGACGGAGCCGUUGGCAAGACGAACCUGAUACUUUCAUAUCUGGAGAACCGCUUCAAUCCCGAGCACAUACCCACGGCCUCCGACAUUUAUAAUGCCGAUGUCAACGUAAACGAGAGUCCUGUGCAUUUGACGCUCUGUGAUACCGCUGGCCAGGACACACUGGAUCCUUUGCGGGAGCUCAGCUAUCCGGACAGCGAUGUCUUCCUGCUCUGCUUCUCGGUGGUGAAACCGGAAACGUUUCGGGCCAUCAAGGCCAAGUGGGCCCCCAAGUUUGCCAAGACCAAGGCUUCUCUUAUUUUGGUUGGAACACAGGCUGAUCUUCGCACCAAUUCAAAUGUCCUUAACAAGCUUCAGACAAAUGGCGAGAAAGCAAUUUCAUAUGCAGACGCCUGGGAUUUGGCAACAACAAUUGGCGCAAAAUACAUUGAGACUUCGUCAGCCACACAGGACAAAGUCAAGGAUGUGUUCGACACAGCCAUUUGGGAGGGCCUUGUGCCCACCACCCUGCCGCCCACGCCCUCCUUCUGGCGGAAGCUCUUUUGUCUGGCCUGAGGAGGAAAAUCAACGCGACUCUUUAUGAUAUAUGCAGUUUAUUAUUUUUUUUUACUAUUUAAUUGCGAUUAUUUAUAUUAAAAGUUUUUUUUUUUAAAGAGAUUUUCGUUUAGCCGUGCAUGCACACAGACUGAUCUAUAUACAUAAACUAAAAUAAACAUAAAAAAAGAAAAGGUUAUUAUAUACACUCGAACUGGUUUAGUUAUAUACUUUUUACUCGUACUCGUAAUCAUGUUCACGGUCCACUCUCACUCCUUUUAGCCGCUAGAAAUUAACACUAUUUAAACAUUAUAACAAACACUGAACUAUGUUAAAUCAUUCCAUCCAUUUUAAGCAUCUCGUUCUAAGCAAAUAUAUAUUUUAAAUAUUGUAUAUCGAAGGCAACAUUAAAAAUAUGAAAACGAAACAAACAAA